AUGAGGGGCGGUCUGUUAUUGUUGUUGCCCCUGUUGGCAUUGCAGAGUUCGUUCGCUCUGAAGAAUCUGGAAGAACCGAGAUGGAAAUCGUUUUUGGACGCCAAGCUGGAAUGUGCCGACUAUCUGUUCAUCACCGGCGAAACUCUCGACCGGUACGAAAGCAAUGGAUAUCCGGACGAACCAAGUGUUCGCAAGCUGCUCAACUGUAUCGCAGUCAAUCUGAACGCCUGGGAUGAGGAACAUCAACGGGUUAAGGACUUCGUAUUCAAUCAGUACUUCGUUCCAAACACAGUCGACUGUCUGUACAAAUUACAUACGCAGCAAUGCUUAGCCCAAAAUGUAGAUACACUUGAUAAGCGAGAUCGCUUGGGCCGUGCUUAUCAUUCAUUCAAGUGCUACUACAAGCACUACGCUGGAAUUAAAAGCGAAGUGAAAUGGGUGCCCUAUCACUAUAGCGAAGUGGUUCAAACGCUAGAGGAUUGA